UGACAGUUUCAGAACGUAGUAAUGUUUUGCAUGUUAAUGUUGUUAUCAUUUUAUUUGAUCAAUUUGAGCAAUCGAGUUGUACAAUUUUCUGUAGUUCCGUGAACCUGUAAUUCUGCCAACGUUGAAUAUCUAUACAACAUGAGUUACCAGGACGAAGAGGAACAAAUGGGAUACCAGGUUGGCUCGUUCCCAAAGGAUUUUGGGUAUGGUAAUUUUGAUCACGAGGACAAUAGCUCGCGUUCUACAGAAGACAAACCGAGAAUUUUGUUAAUGGGGCUACGUAGAUCUGGAAAAAGCUCCAUUCAAAAAGUGGUUUUUCACAAAAUGUCACCCAACGAAACGCUUUUUUUAGAGUCCACCAAUAAAAUUGUGAAGGACGAUAUCAAUAACAGCAGUUUUGUGCAGUUCCAAAUUUGGGAUUUUCCAGGCCAGAUAGACUUUUUCGAUCCCACUUUUGAUUCGGACAUGAUAUUCGGUGGGUGCGGAGCAUUAGUUUUCGUAAUUGAUGCGCAGGAUGAUUACAUUGAAGCGCUGGCAAAAUUAAAUCAAACAGUCACCAAAGCCCACAAGGUUAACCCUAGAAUUAAGUUCGAGGUAUUCAUACAUAAAGUUGAUGGAGUUAGUGAUGACUUUAAAAUGGAAUCACAAAGGGACAUUCACUCCAGAGCAACGGACGACUUGGCGGAUGCUGGAUUAGAAGGAGUUCAUCUGAGUUUCCAUCUCACAUCAAUUUACGAUCAUUCGAUUUUUGAGGCUUUUUCAAAGGUUGUUCAAAAGUUGAUUCCGCAGUUGCCGACACUGGAGAAUUUACUGAACAUAUUUAUAUCGAACUCCGGAAUAGAAAAAGCGUUUUUAUUCGAUGUGGUUUCUAAAAUCUAUAUCGCAACUGAUUGCUCACCUGUUGAUAUGCAGAGCUAUGAGUUAUGUUGUGAUAUGAUCGAUGUUGUCAUAGAUUUGUCAUGUAUCUAUGGAUCCAAGGACGAUCCAGAUGUACCUGCUUUCGACAAUCUCAGCUCCAGUCUUAUAAAGAUGAACAACAGUACGGUUUUAUACCUGCGAGAAGUAAACAAGUUUCUUGCUCUUGUGUGCAUUAUACGAGAGGAGAAUUUUUCCCAUCAAGGGGUUAUCGAUUAUAAUUUUCUGUGCUUUCGAGAGGCCAUCACGCAAGUGUUUGAACUAAGAUUAAAAAAUCAAAAGUUAGAAGUAGCUGAUCAGGAUCCAGAUGACGAAAGCGAAUAUCACGGAUCAGUACCACUAAAUGGGAGCAUUGCUGGCGAAUUGGAACAUCAUAUGAAUAAGGCUUCUGUAGCCUAAUUAUAGGUUUUGUUUUAUUUUUGACAUUCGUGUAUGCAAUUUAAAUGUGAUUUUUUAGUACACUGUUAUCUUGAUUAAAAAUAUGUUUUCCACGAUGAAAUAUUUUGUACGU